UCCUUCAGACAGACAAACAGGUUGCGCAAAGCAGGUGAGGCAAACAAAUCCGAGCGAAUAAAGCAACCUUUAUAGUGUGGGUGCUGACAGCGGCUGAAUAUUAUCUCCCUCCGUAUUUUCCAACUUCUGUUCUGUUGAGAGGAAGUACGCUGCCGUGAACAAAAAGAGGCCAUGAGCACUAGAACAUAACGUCAGUUCUGGCUUUGAGCUAAUAUUAUGCACGGCCCUUGGUAACCUCGUCGUUGUUGUUGGACGACUGAUAUCUCUGCUCCUCGUCUGUGACCUCGCUGAGAAGUUCUCUGAGUGGCACAGGGGUGAGCUUACUCUCUCCUCCUCUCUUCUCCUCUCUUCUCCACAAUGACAACUUCGACUGCAGUUACCCGGAUCACAAUAUGCCUGGUAUGGAUAACCUGCCUCAGAGCACAGAGCACCGUGUACCUAAGGAAUACGGAGCAUUUCAUCCAGGCCAUCAAGAAGAUUGAGAACUCUGGUCUAGAAGCCAGUCCUCUGUCUAUCGUCAGAAGCUUACGGAAGGCAGCAGGCCAUGACGACGCCUACACACAGACCUUCUUAGGGACCACGCAGGACGACGACAGUGGCACAAACAUUCUAACGGCAAACCACAGCAGCAAGAACAUCGAGUCGUGGAGCUUGGACUUCCUGAGGUUCUUCGACAAGGCCAUCCACAACUUUGUGACCGACGCCCGUGAGGAGAGGGGAGUGGUGCUCACCCCUGAUGGGACCACCAUCGCCCUGGCUCCCCUCCUGCAGGGCAUCGAGGCUGGACUGAAGGCCCCCCGCUCUGUCGGACUCAGCCAACCUCCGCAGGGUCUGCACUUCCUCACCCUGGGCCGCACCUUAGGCCUGUCUUUCCUGAACGCGUACAACGACUCGUCGUCGGUCGACCGCUUGGGCCCGGACGGAUGUUGGGACAACGUCACGGCCCCUAUGGUGUUCACGCUUCAGGGGGCCCCGUCUCUGGCCACUGAUGCCCUGAUCAACGGGGGCAUGGACGGGGCCAUUCUGGGGGCGCACCUCACUGCGGAUGGAGGAUCUUCUCCUCUCCAGCUCAAGCUGAGCACUCUGCUGGAGUCCUACUACAACUUCCAGCUGGGGGAGGCUGGUUUGGACGGAGCUCCCCAGCUGAUAAGCGCCAAGCGCAGGGAGAAUUACAGGACACUAGUGCCUCCCAAUGUUCUGGAGAAGACUGUGCUGGAGUUCUUGGCGGAUAGGAAACCAUCGGCGCGUCUGAUAGAAGCGGUGAAGGAGGGCAUGCGUGACUUUACACUCCGCUAUCUGGAUUGCCCAGCAAUGAUCCCUCGCUGUCAGUGGGGAGCUAAAAUUCCAAAGGGCAUCGCUGCAAGGCUCUCACCUCCCCUCCAGUUCCUCUAUAUCCACCACACAGAGAUGCCCAGUGGACCCUGCCUGACCUUCCAGCAGUGCUCCAAGAACAUGAGAGCUAUGCAGCGUUACCACCAGGAGGAGAAAGGCUGGCAAGAUAUCGGCUACAGCUUUGUGAUGGGCUCCGAUGGCUACAUGUACGAGGGCCGCGGCUGGGGCAGGACAGGCUCCCACACCAAGGGCCACAACAGCCUGGGCUACGGGGUGGCCUUCAUCGGCAACUACGCGACCUCACUACCCACGCAGCACAGCCUGGGUCUGGUGAGGCAUCGUCUGACAACAUGUGCCGUCACCAGCCGAUUCCUCCACGCCAACUACACGGUCUGGGGACACAGGCAGGCGGUAAACUACACCACGUGUCCCGGAGAUGCUCUCUACUCACACAUCAGCACCUGGGAGCACUUUGAGGACACCAAACCUUCCAAGGCAACUAAGGAGUAAAAUUGUAAUUGCAAGGAUACAAAUGGCCAACACAAAUGGCUUUAAGAAAACUGCCAACUUCCUGAUGUCAAGAUUACACCAUGGCACAUGGCAAAAAAAGUAAAAUAUUACAUGUAGUGUUGGUGCACGCCAACACCACAUCACUUCGUAUAAUAAAACAUGACAAUCUCUGUGAAACUUUUCUGUGAAU